UGUUGUCCUCUUUUUUUUCUCUGCCUGUGACCCUUUCAUUGAGACUUGAAUUCAGUACAAAUACAAUGACACUCUAAUUCAGUAAUAAAAUUACCAUUUUGAUUACUGCAAAUAGGGGCUAUACAGUUACACAAUCUCAGAAAAUGUAACAUUCUGUUAUUUACGAUUGCCCUGCAAACUACAUACAGCAUGAGGGAAGCUGUUAUAACAUAAUUUUUAAACUACAGCUCCACUUUGCCCUCAAGUGCAUGAUUUGCUAUAUUACACCCAAUACAACACAGAACCUUCGUUCCUAAUCCUGGUUUCCGACAGGAAUAGUUAACUGUGUGAACAACUUUGAGUUGAGCCCUGCAAGUGUUUUCUUCAGAUAUGACUGUAAAAUAAUUAAUCUAACAGGUUUUGGUUAACCUGAAGUUGUUGUGAAUGCUGCCUGUGGAAUAUUAAGGAUUUAAGGACUCAAAUAGGAAUGGCGGCCAUGAGUAUGCGAGGAGUUCUACCACACGCCGUGAAGAACCAGCAUGUUCGUUUUCAUUUGAGAAAAGCGAUUAAACAAAGUUGCGUCGUUUCUAACACACAUUUCUGCACAGCAAGUGGGAAAGACACAGCCACUGGGCGGACCGUGGUGGUGGAGCGGAGAGGGGCAGUGGUCACCGUGGCGUUAAACCGGCCGGAGGUGCGCAACGCGGUCAACCAGGAGACGGCUCGGAGGUUGCUGGAGGAGCUGAAAGCGUUUGAGGAGGACCAUUCCAUCUGUGCGGCAGUGCUACACGGCAUCGGAGGGAAUUUCUGUGCUGGUUAUGAUCUGAAGGAGCUGGCCCAUCACUCUGCCUCCCUCAAAUUGGAGCAAGAUGUCACUAAAGGUCCCGGGCCUAUGGGACCGUCUAGGCUGCUGCUGUCCAAACCGCUGAUCGCUGCAGUCAGCGGCCAUGCUGUGGCCGGGGGUCUGGAACUGGCCCUACUUGCAGACAUGAGGGUGGUGGAGGAGAGUGCCAUCAUGGGGGUGUUCUGCAGGAGAUUUGGUGUGCCUCUGAUUGAUGGGGGCACAGUGAGGCUACCCAAGCUGAUUGGUCUGUCUCGCGCUCUGGAUCUCAUACUGACCGGCCGGCCAAUCGGAGCUCAGGAAGCCUUAGCUUAUGGGCUAGCCAAUCGAGUGGUGCCGGAUGGCCAAGCACUGCAGGUUGCCAUGGAGCUGGCAGAACAGAUCAGCUCAUUCCCUCAGCAGUGUCUCCGUGCCGACAGGGCCUCUGCCUACCACGCCAUGUUCGACGCCGCCUCCUUCACAGAAGCGAUGCAGUACGAGAUGGACCAUGGCCUGCCUGUUAUCCGAGUUGAAUCUGUUGCCGGGGCGACAAGGUUCAGCUCAGGAGUUGGCCGAGCAGGGACGUUUUCUUGAUGAUUGUGCUACACAGGUGGAUUAUGGGAAAAAAUAGGGGUUCAGUUUUCCAAAGUCAUGUAUGAGUUUUUCAAAACUACACCUUCGGCUACACCUGUUAUUCCCCAUAAUCCUGACUUUGAUCUGUUAGCUAAAUGAUGAUGUUUAGAUGGCCAGAACUGGUCCUUACUCAUUUGCUAAGGAUGUACAGUAUAAGAUUCAAGACACUCAAACAACACCCAGAAAAUUCAAUUAGUUUCUCAUAGAGCCAUCUGUGGUUCUCCUAUGGAGACAAGCCAGAGAAUCCUAAAUACUUCCAGAUCGCCCCCUUUUUUUCUAAGAGUCCGUUGAAAUAACAACACAACCCCAAAGCCAAGAGCUCAAACACAGAUCCUUUAGCCUCCUUCCACAGAUGUCCCAGGUGUCUGUCAGACAGUCCCACUAACCCACGUUAAAAGUCACCUGCCUCUUAUUUGUCCCAGCCAUUUGACUGUGAUCCUCUCAUAUCAAAGGACGUGGGGGAGGAGAAGCAGGGGGUGUUUGGCAGGGUCUGGGAAUCAAAAGCCUGGAAACAACGGCAUCAAAAAAUACCAGCAUUAAGCUCCGGCUCUGAACAGAACUGGAAGAAGAGG